AUGUUUCGCUCACGGGUAACUCAGAUUCUCUUCAGUGGCUUUGCGCCAGCUACAGCCCCGAAACCCUUCCUCCGAGCCCAGCGCAUCCCGUCCGUCCCAUCUCCGCAGAUAACCACGCGAUCAGCCCGCUUCUCCAAUUCCUCGCGAUCGUGGACAACGCAGUCUCGAUCGCCCUUUCGGCCCUUCCGUUCCCAGCCCUUCUCUACUUCCGGUCGCCGGUCUUUCAACAAUGGACAAAACUACAAGCGGUUCAACAACGCGCCGCCGCUCAUCCAGUUGCUGAGUCGCCUCCAGCCGCAUCACUAUAUGAUGAUUGGACUUGGCGGAGGCCUUUUCUAUGUAUACAACAUAGAGACAGUGGAGAUGAGCGGUCGCAAACGGUUCAACUGCAUCUCCGCCAGUCGGGAGCUCAAAGUGGGCAAGAAAGAAUAUCAGGAACUCAUGGCGGAACUGCAGGGUCGCAUCCUCCCAGAAAACCAUCCUUUGAGCAUCAACGUGACCCGUGUCCUUGAACGAUUGAUCCCCGCCGCGCCGAUUGAAAACGCCGAGUGGAAGGUCCAUGUCAUCAACGACCCUAACCAGGCGAACGCUUUCGUGCUCCCUGGUGGCAAGGUAUUCGUCUUCACGGGUAUGCUGCCCAUUUGUCAAGAUGAAGAUGGACUGGCAGCCGUGCUGGGGCACGAGAUUGCCCAUGUUGUCGCGCAUCAUCCGGCCGAGCGCAUGAGUAACAACGGCAUCUCGCUCGUGCUGGCAUUCGUCACCUCAUUCCUGUUCGAUAUUUCCGGUCAGCUUUCGUCGUUGCUUCUGAGUCUUGCGUAUGGCUUGCCGAACUCUCGCUCCCAGGAAUCUGAGGCAGACGAGAUUGGUCUAAUGAUCAUGUCGAAGGCUUGUUUCAACCCCGAAGCCGCCGUUAAACUUUGGGACCGCAUGAAUCAAACGGCAGAAAGCCAGCCCCCUCAGUUCCUGUCCACUCAUCCGUCGAAUUCCGACCGCAUGGAAAGCCUUCGCAUGAGUAUGUAUAAAGCCGAAUCCAUCUAUGAAGAUAGCGGAUGCCAUGUGCUUGGAAGCUUCGUCCCCGAUUUCGAACGGGCUUCCAGUAACUAUCGGUGGUAG